AUGUCUGUUAACGUUCCUAGUAGUGGUAAUACACCAUUUUGGGAGAAGACCAUGGCUGAAGCAAAACACAACCCACAACUUCUCGUUUUGAAGUAUGGUCAAAAACGGGUCAUGGUCAGACGGCAAAGGUCGUAUAAUCUCAUGCUCGACACAGCCUGCAAAUAUUUCCCAGGCAUUCCGAGCGAUCUAAUCACGUUGCAGACCAAUCAACUCGACAUUUGUUAUGGUUACUAUGUCGACAUCACGGCUGAAAUAUGGGAGGAUGUCGUCGACUUGCUUAACGUAGUCGAGGUAACCCGUGCACAAAUAACGUUGCCCAUUCCACCACCGCUCUAUACUCAGUGGCCUGUUCCAUCGCCUGACAACCAAUCGGCGCCAAAUCAGGUUCCCAGACAAAACAGCUCCACUAAGAACGAUGACAAAAUCACAAUCAAAGUUGUUUUUCCAUCUGGCGAGAUCCGGUCUGCCAAAAUCUCGAGGACGGUAUGGGUGGACGCACUCCUUGCCGAGGCUAGUGAAAUAUUGGGACGUCGUCCCACCGAUAUCAAGGCAGUCUGGGGUGGGGCGAUCAUGCGCGAUGACCGGAGUAUUGGAUCGUACAGCAUCGAGGAUGGUGACUCCAUCACUCUUCAGGCGGGGCCAUUGUGUUUUGCCAAGCCAGUCAUUUAUCUACACUCGCCCUCGGAUAUCGAUGUCUCUGUCAAGCUCUCCCUCAUUCCGGAGUGGAGCCUCUCUGUCAUCUAUCCCAUUGUUCCCAUGGAUGAGCAUAGACAGCAUUUAGAAUGGAAGGUCCGUACACAUGAAGAUGGGAGUCUGACUGAACAUAAUUCCGGUCUACAUGUGUCAUACUUGUUCUGGGAGGCAGAAACAAAUCUGCAAGUAUUUCCCCGUUCACCAGCAUCCAAACCGCCACCAGCGGAUACAUUCAAUCCAAUAACCAGCAGUCUCGAUGAUACAGAUUCAAUCGUCAUUCCAGUGGACAGAGUCACUGUUUACCUCGAUAAAUCGCUCAAGGUUUUGGGACUUCACACCGAGGCUCGAACAUCAUUCAUAACCUAUUGGCUACCGUCUAUCCUUAAGCACGAAUAUAUUGCCCUCCGAUUUGUCCCUCAAGCUGCAUACGAACGGGCCGCUUCUUUAAACAUUUCUCCGCAGCCUGACGUCGUGACUCGCGUAUGCAUGUUGUUCAAAGGUAUAUGUAAGGAGCACCUAGCAAAUUGGCCUAAUGCACAAAUGCAAGCAGAGAACGACGUUGCUUGGUGGGCGGGUGUAGUUGGAGUUGAUCCUACAAGAGCUGGUGAUGUGACUUUGUUCAGGGUGUUGGAAUGGGGCGGGGUCGAGGUUCUUAUUUGAUAUUCUAUCGGAUUACUACUCGGGUGUUACCGCGUUUUAUCUUGAUCGAUUUUGCAUCCGAUGGCUGUGAGGAGAACGGGAGCAUAUGAUUAACAGUUGAAAGGUUAGGCCGGUUAGGGACCAAAUAUCCAAUUUCAAUUGUCUCAUGCUGGAGCGUUUCUCAAAAUUAUCUUUGAUCGACUUGUAGGAAUAAGAAUAUGCAGGGUCUCCCCAUUAUGCGUGGAGCUCACGUAGUCUGACCAGCAUAUUGAGCUCUUCGUCAUCCAGACAACUACAAAACAGUCAACUAAGCACAUAACACGCUAAUACAUCAACUAACC